ACAGGGGCGCGGCAUCCGUGCUGGUGACGUCGGGUGGUGAAGUAGGAGGCCGUGUCGCACUCGGCUAUUGGUGGUGAUGGCGGCGGUUAUGAUUCCUGGUUCUCUCUCGCGGCUUGUGCUGAAGGCUCGGGCAUCGCUUGUCGCUGCUUAUCACAAAAAGGUAGUGGACCACUAUGAGAAUCCCAGAAAUGUUGGAUCCUUGGAUAAGAAUGCAAAAAACGUUGGAACUGGCCUGGUCGGUGCACCGGCUUGUGGUGAUGUCAUGAAACUACAGAUUGAAGUGGAUGAAAAUGGGAAAAUUAUUGAUGCAAGAUUUAAAACAUUUGGCUGUGGAUCGGCAAUUGCAUCUAGCUCACUGGCUACAGAAUGGGUGAAAGGGAAAACGGUUGAUGAAGCUUUAACAAUUAAGAACACAGACAUUGCUAAGGAACUAUGCCUCCCUCCAGUCAAACUGCACUGCUCAAUGCUUGCAGAAGAUGCAAUCAAAGCUGCUCUGGCUGAUUACAAAGUGAAACAGCAAAAGAAAACGUGAGACUACAAACUGUUAAUGCAACAAUGCUUCAACAACUGUGUGUAACCAAUGCAAUGACCCCUUUUGUGUAUUCAGAUUUCAAAGGGCAACUUAUCUGUUCAAAAAUCUUACAUCGUUUUAAAAAAAAGCAGUAGCAAGACAUUAGUUUAUAAACAAGCUCUUAAUGUGCGAUUGUUUGUGGCUGUUAUGAGUUGUAGAAAAUUAUUCUGGAAAAAUGUUUAGUUUCUUGAAAUAUUAUAACAUUGUUGAGAAAAUGUAAAUAUCUUGAUUUAGCUGUGUAAUGGGCUUGAUUUAAUAUUUGUACCUAGAAAAAUAUUAUAAGCAAACAAGUAAUUAGUUUCUUAUCUUGGUCUGCUCUGUUUCAAUUUGAUCAAGAAUUAACAGACUUUGGUCUACUUGUUAAUCAGUUUGACAAUUCAAUGGAUAUGGGUUUGAAUCCUGCAGCUGUUCAGUUCUACUGGCUAAGGUUACUUCAAGUGCUACUUCUUUUGCAUCUAAAAUAAGAACUGAAACAGAUGCAAAACUAAAAUUUUGUCUCUACCUGCACAGUGCACCUUCUAGAAUGACACUGGUGUCACAUAUUUAACUAUCCAACAUUAUCACAAUGAUGAAGAAUCCUGUCAUUUCAUUUAUACAUUGCCAAAGAACUGAUCAAAAGAAAUUACUUGCUCUGUAAUUAAAUUUCCUUUAUAAUUUCCCUGUCCUGUAGUAUAAGUUGCAGUAAUUGUGAAUGCUCUAAGUUAAUGGAAGACAAUGAAACAUCUCAAGUAAGAAUACCCUUUCUACUAAUUGUUUAGUUUCAAAUUACAGUGGCACCAUCUAAGGAAAUACUAACUUUUACAUCUGUCAUAAGUGUUCCAUUAUUAUUUACUAUCUGUAAUUUUUAAAGUAAUUUCCCAUGCUUUAAAGUGUAAUUUGUACCAGUUCAGAUUAAUCUAUUUAAAAGUCUUGGUAUACAACUGGUAUUUGAAAGCAAGCAUGUAACUGUUUUAACUUUGAAACCAAUUAUGUUUUAAAUCAAGCUGCUUCAUUAGCUUUAAAAUUCCCUUUGCAGGUACUGAAAUAGUUUUGUUAGUAGGACAGACAUUCAAGACACAAGUCUCUGGUUUGCCAUGGCUCUUAAUUUAUUUCCAAGCUAUAAUGAUUAGUCUAGUUCUUUGCAGCCUGGAUGCCAAGUGGUCACCCGUUCAUUUUUAGAAUAGAAGUAGAUGACUUUGGACCAACUUAGAAGGGAAAAAGAGGUAAAGGUAGCUGUUAUGUAGGAAGGAAAAUGUUGAGUAUGUGAUUUUCUUGACUAGUUUACAGAUGAAUGAGAAAGCUUGAAAGGCAAAAUGCUAAUGCAAAUGUCACUCCUUCCAUCUGGCAAGUUUUCAUGGCCUGCCAGUACUGAUCAGCACCAGGAUGUCACCUUUUGUAAUAAAAGAAAAAUCAGAUGAGCCUGCCAUCAGUGUAUGGUAUAUAUUUAUUUGCUUGUGGUAUCUGAGCUUAGUUAAAAUGGGAUUUGAGUAUAACUGUUGCUCAAUAUUCUCUUUGAAAUAAAGCAGUUUAACAGGCCUCAUCUCACUAAAGGUUUUCAGUUUGCCAGCUGAAAUACAAAAAGGGUAUGUGGAUGACUACCAAAUUUGGAUCAGAAAUGUUUGUAUGAAUAGAUAUUAGCUAAUAUGGGCACAGACCUGAAUGUAACACCAAACCUGAUACUGGAAGGCAGAGUAUCAUUCAAGAAAAUCUAUGGAGAUGUAAUGAUGAAAAUGAGUAAAUCUAGCCUUGUCUUGCAGUUGCUUUUCAAUACAAGGCAUACUGAUUGUAUUGUUUUUGAAUGUAAAUAUCCUGUUUAAAAAUUGCAAAACAAUUGAUAAGACCUAUACCUGAGUUCUUCAAGUGAAAGUAAUGUUUGACCAAUUGAUACAUCAUUGUGCAACUUGUAACUUUGUAAAACAAAUAGCAUGGAUAAAUAAAGAAUUUACUUACCUGA